UGGAUAGCAUAGGGUAAGUAACGAAAUUUGUAUUUCUAAAGCCAUAUUGUCCUACUAACGUGUCCAACUGUCGUCAUGAUUUCUAAGCAAAGCUUGGAUAAUUUGGCUGCUUUUUAAAUAGCCUUUUAAAAAUAACAGUGCGGCUGUUUUGUUAUGUCAUGCUUCACUCCUGUGCUAAGAAGUGAAACGGAAGUAGCCUAGUUUGUAUUUCUCAUCAUGCCCUAUUGCCUAUUUUAUUAAGUUAUUUAUAGCAUCAGGUCUUGUAUUUAGUUCAGACCUCAGAUGAACCCACACUAUCACCAGGCAAUUAAGGAUCUCUUGGCACUACUCCUGUAAUCACUCACCAAAAAGUAAUCUAACUUUAAAGAUCGUUCUUCAGCUAGCUUCCCCUCACGUGUAUUCUCAUACAGUAGAUCCACACUUUGCACUAUUUUCUGUUUUUAUCAAUUGAGAAACAAAAUGUAAUUCAUCUUUGAACAGCUCAGUGUUCAAUUGUGAGACUUGUAUUUUAAUGGCUCUAUUUUUCUAUCUAAGCAAGUAGCUUUUAUAUUUUCAAAAAUACUGUUUUAACUGUAAGUGCCAUCACUUGUUUCUUUUUACUGGGAUAGGGAACCGGGCUACUUGAAUUUGGGGCAAUGUAGCCAAAUCUCCUUCUUGUUAGUGAAGUGAUCACUGGGCCAAAAUUAUCUGUUUAUGGAAAUCCCAGACUUUAUGCUCCUGUAUUUCUGAUACACAUUUAAAGGGACACUAUAGUCACCUGAACAACUUUAGCUUAAUGAAGCAGUUUUGGUGUAUAGAACAUGCCCCUGCAGCCUCACUGCUCAAUCCUCUGCUAUUUAGGAGUUAAAUCCCUUUGUUUAUGAACCCUAGUCACACCUCCCUGCAUGUGAUUUGCACAGCCUUCCAUAAACACUUCCUGUAAAGAGAGCCCUAUUUAGGCUUUCUUUAUUGCAAGUUCUCUUUAAUUAAGAUUUUCUUAUCCCCUGCUAUGUUAAUAGCUUGCUAGACCCUGCAAGAGCCUCCUGUAUGUGAUUAAAGUUCAAUUUAGAGAUUGAGAUACAAUUAUUUAAGGUAAAUUACAUCUGUUUGAAAGUGAAACCAGUUUUAUUUUUUUCAUGCAGGUGUUUUGAACCCUAACAUUAACCCUAAUUGUCCCAUGUCCUAAGCUUAGUGAAUGCACUAACUAUAAUGAAAGUGUAAAACUAAUUUUACUUUCCUUCCAAGACCUUGCUGUGGAGGAGUAGCAGGAGUGCUAGCACGCAUGUGCAGCACAGGAUCCAGCUGAUUCCCCUCACCGGAAGUGACUAGGGUAGGGGAUUUUCAUGGGUAGGGGAAUUUGAUAGAACACAGGCUCUGUCAAUCAUAGCCAGGGGAUGUGUGGCUAGGGCUGCAUAAAGAGAAACAAAGUGAUUUAACUCCUAAAUGACAGUGAAUUGAGCAGUGAAAAUGCAGGGGAAUGAUCUAUACACUAAAACUGCUUUAUUUAGCUAAAGUAAUUUAGGUGACUAGUGUUCCUUUAAAGGAAUAAUAUAGGGUCAGUUGCAGUUUUAUUUCUGACACUAUAGUUCCAAAGUGGCUUUAGGUGUUUGGCCCUCCUCAAGUCUCAGACAAAAGUAAUUUUACUCUCUUCUUCUCCCACUCUGCUUUGGCCUCGCUGCAUCUGGCUCUGCCUCCAUGGGGAGAUAAUCUGAUCUCAGCCAAUCCAGUGCUUUCCCAUAGGAAAGCAUUUGGGGGCUAUUGUGCAUGACCUGCACUGCCCCAAUCGGCAUCUCUAUGAAGAACGUUCACCGUCAUACUACAGCACUGACCCAGGAAGCACCUUUAGUGACCAUCUGACUGCACCUAGAGGUGUUGCAUGGCAGCUAUAUAAACACUGCAGAUGUGUGCAGCUGCUCACUUCCCCUCUGUUUUCCCUCUUCCUCCAGCCGGCGUGCUCUGUUUGGGAGGAAGUGCUGUCACUUCCUCUCAGCAUCCCAUAGAAUAGGCGUCCGGUUGCGGUCUUUCUCACUGUUUAGUCAGGCUCUUCUUGAGAAAUAUUAAUUUUCUAAAGCUUUACUUCUGCCUUUUAUCUGUGUUCUCUGUAAUUCAUCAAAAUGACUCGCCUUCUAGGUCCUGGGUAGAGCUAAGCAAGUUUCUAGUUAUAGGGGCACUAUUGUCACCAGAAACACUGCAGCUGAAUGUUGUGGUUCUGGUGUCUAUAGCCUGUACCUGACGCCUUUUCAGAGAAAAGGCAGUGUUUGCAUUGCUGCUUAGUAAGACCUCUAGUGGUUGUCACUCAGACGCUUUACAUGUGAACGCGCCCUACAGAGAUGUAUUGAUUCAAUGUAUCUGUAUUAGGAGAUGCUGAUUGGUGCAGCGCAUCGCUUGGUACAUAAGAGCAAUAGAUAAGAUAAAGCCCGCGGCAAGACCGGCGCGGUGGGGGGGAGCAGAGUAAAAUCGAAUAUUUAGUGAGAGGAGUGGGGACGGGGACUUAAAUAGUUAAAUCCUAUAGUUUCAUGAAUACAUGUUUGUAUAGUGUUAAUUUAAGCAUGUGUUCUGUCCUUUGCACCCAACACUUAGCUUGAGAAUGAGUUGGUAUAUUUAGUUAAGUUGCUAUAAAUAGUCAGUGAGCCCAGGCGUAGAUCCCAUGUGCUCAGUCUUUAGUUGCCUUCUUUGGCAUAAACUUUGCAGGGGUUUUACACCAAUCAACUCACUGUGAACUUUGCUAUGUUAUCUUUCAUUUGGUUGGGGGAUUGAGAGAGCAGGCAGAUGUAGGGAGUACUUUCAGGUGCUAAUUAAGAUUAUAUAUAUAUCUAGGUUGUGUUUUGUUUUUGUUUUUUGUUUUUUUAAAGCUUUUUUUUUGGGGGGGGUCAAACUUUAGCAUUAAUUAAGCGGACUAAAAGCAAACGUAUUUCACAGCUUAAUUUUACUCAGCAUGAGUCAAACAGGCAUUAUUUUUUACCCCAUGCACAUAUUUUAUGCAAUGUGUGUUUUUGUGUGCAUUUAGGAUUAGCGUAGUUUAAAUUGUUAAGGAAUCUUGUGAAAGUUUGUGUGCAACCAUAAAUUUCCAGCCAAGCAUACGACAAAUUAAAGGUGCUUGAACUGGGCAAAUAGUGGUACGAUACACCGCAAAAUAUUUGCAGAGGCUCUUAUUUGUAUAUAAGCCGUACAUUAUAACAGGUUACAUUUGAACAUAGAAAAGUUAUACACAAACCUCUCUUGAGUGAUGCAUUUCAAAGUUGCGUGUGUUCCUCGUGAUUAGUUUGAGAAAUGGCAAAGAUUUGUGUAGACUAUAGCGGUCAUGUGAGUGAGAAAGUGGUGGCGUGUCAUGCAGACUGACUGCCAUAUGAUGGGGGCAGAAUCAUGGGGAGACUUGUUUAAUAUAAGACAUCAGAUGUAUGAAUAUUCUGACUUUAUUUUCUAAAGUGAGAAGUCAAAGUGAAUUUAAUAUUUAAAGGGACACUAUAUAGUCACCAGAACAGCAGCUUAUUGUAUUUUUUUUCAGGUGAGUAGAAUCAUUCCCUUCAGGCUUUUUGCAGUAAACAGUCUUUUCAGAGAAAUUCAGUGUUUACAUUACAGCCUAUGGAUAUCUCCACUGGUCUCUCCUCAGAUGGCUUCCUGGGCAGUGCUGCAUAGUGUGACUGACAUUCAGUGUCUCCACCCUCUGCAUGCAGAUGCUGAACUUUCCUCAUAGAGAUGCAUUGAUUCAAUGUAUUUCUAUCUGGAGAUGCUGAUUGGCUUGUGCUGGCUAUGCCCCUGAUCUGCCUCCUUGACAGCCUCAGCCAAUCUAUCGCUUUCCUAUGUGAAAGCAUUGUGGUUGGCUCAGAUAACCACUUCUCAUGUCAGCAAAGGAGGCAGAUAAGUGGCAGAGCCAUCAGCAGCAGACUGGAAUAAAGGGAAGAUUUGCUAUAUUUAAUGGGUGGGUGGCAUUGAGUGAUAAAUGGUGGUUUUAACACUAUAGGGUCAGGAAUAAAUGUUUAUGUUCCUGACCCUAUAGUGUUCCUUUCAGGCAGGACUCUACUAAUCUCAGGUCGUCAUGGCAACUAGACAACUUCUCUGCUCCCUUAGUUAUGCCGGCAACUGGAAUAUGACCUCUCUCCAGCCCUGGCAUCACUACAGAGAGCAGGGGAGCUGAGAGGAACUGCGGGAAAAUUAGAGAGCAGUCCCACUGGAAUCCAGGGAAAGGAUCCACUUAGCUUUCCCAAAGGUAAAGAGGCUGGGUGGAUUUAAAUGAAUGUCAAUUUGUGAGAGUUUGUGUGUGUCAGUCUGUUUAGGUCUCUGCCUCCCUCCGAUCACAUGAGGAAGGUGAUUUUCCAAUGCUGCGGCUGGUCCCGCCUCCAUGGCUGAGAUGAUCAAUCUUUAUGAUCUCAGCUAAGCCAAUGCUUUGGGAGGAUACUGCGCAUGAUUUCUAUGGGUAACAUUCAGCGCCUCCAUGCAGAGCGCUAAACAUGGGUACUGCACACUGUGGAGUCCUGCACACACAGGACUCUCUAGUGGCCGGCUGAGUGACUGUCACUAGAGAUGUUACUAGACAGCAAUGUAAACACUGCUUUUUCUCUGGAAAAGCAGUGUUAACACUGAAAAGAUUUAAAGUACAGGCUACAGACACAAGAACAACUACAUUAAUCUGUAGUGGUUCUGGUGACUAUAUUGUGCCUUUUUAGGAAUUGCAUUUUUCUCGUUGAAAAUUAAACUUUGCUAGUUUAAGUAAAAAUGUCUCCUAACUUUUUUUUUUCUUUUUUUUUAAAACUAGCUCUUAGAUUCCAAACAAAUUUUGUCCAGCCCUGCUUUAAGGCACAUGUAGCAGAACUUUGAAUUCUCAUGUUAGUGAAUAAACUUGACUGCAGGAGCCUCCAUAGACUAUUCUGUCAACUGGAGAAUUGACAAAAGUGCAGCUCCUGCCAUCAUGUUUUGUCCCUGCUUUGUCUUUUACCUUUUAAAUGAGUUGGUGUUUCAGUGAAAGUCUGACAAAAUAUUUCAUAAAGAAUCUGUCUUUACGAAAUACUCAAUUUGUGGUGAGACAGAAUGACUUUAAUCACUGCUCAAUAUACAAGUUCUUUAUAUACCUGUAUGGGUUCUCAUAGCUCCUUAAGUUCUAUUAUUUAUUAAAUAAAUAAAAUAUAUGUUAAGCUGAGGACUCAAUCUAGAUAAUGGAGUAGAGUCUGACCCAACAUGGCUGCUCACCUAGAUAAAAAGUGAGAUUUUCUUUAAAAAAAAACCAACAAUAUACAUCAAUUAAAAAUAGAUCAAGUUUCAUUAAAUGUUAAUAAAUGUAAAAAAAAAAAAAGUGAAAACAGUAGUCCUUUCUAGUUGCUUUCUCACCUGUGUGGGUUCAAAUGUUAAAACAAUCUAACCCCAAAGUUGGUUCUAAUCUAAAGAUAAAACUGUAGUGGUUCUGGUGCUUUUAAAAUAAAUCUGGAAAUGUGUGUGUUGGUGCUGGAUUGAUAGAAAAUGUUUCUCAUUGCUUAAUGGGAAAUUAGAAACCCUUAGCUGAUCCAUGCCAUCCAAUAAUUGAUUAAAUUGAUGACUGUACUUCCACUUGGUCAAACUGCUCAAAAUAGUUUGAAAACAGUGACCACAUAAGCAGCCUAAUUUAGCACUAAAACCGCCUCAUCGGCAGGUAGUGUUUAUGGUGCCUAGACUGCUCAUGUUACACAACAAAGGGCCAUUAAUAUUUUCUAGUAAUAACACUAGCCGGUUUCAUGUUUACUUGACUACUCUUUGAUAUACUGCUGUAUGUAUUUGAUACGUCUGCUUUUUGUCAGGGUUUUGAGAUGGGUGAAAUAAAUUUAAGCAUGUUUGAAGCUUGUGGGCUUCCUGAAGUGCUGUGAUCACACUCUCCUUACCCCCCAAACACUUCAUCUUGCAAGUAAUGUUUUUCGUCUUCAUUUGAUACAUUCCCAUGAAGUGGCCACCAGGUGUAGCAUCUCAUGUUGCUGUGCCUUGGAUGUCCUUGGUGAGGCUGGUAGAUAUAGAUUUAAGAAUUAAGAUACAGUGCUAACUAACGGAAUAGAUCUAGGGGGCAACAAACACUGAUGGUAUGGGUAUUGAUGUGCUAUUUAAAUUUCUCUAACACUAAUAUACUGCUUACUCCAAGUACUUCACUAUCACAGGGCUUUGGGGGGAUUUACAAUAAAUUGUACAAUUACACAGGAACAAUAGGUAGAUGAGGGCACUAGUUUUUUAAUGAUCCUGUGACGAUACAGCCCUGGACGAUACCGAAGGCACAACAGUUCAGGCACGCUAUCGUCCGUGUGCAUUCUUUUUUAACAUAACCUGCACCACUAACUGCUCCACUAAAUGCUAUGUGACUCAUCUUUGGUAGUGUAUGCAGGAUAUACUGCGCUGGUAUCUGGUUACCAUAUGAUAUUUGAACUAGUUCUCUCACUAGAGUCUUGUUGGUAAUUACUCUAUAGAGGACAAUGAAUAACAAUAUCCUAUGAGACCUCAAGGAAGAGACAAACCAGCUUUUUUUUCUCGGCAGCUCAAAAGAACUGACUGUUGAUUGUAGAAACAUCCAGUUUACAUAGAUCACAGCAUACAGUAAAUUCACCAACGGAAUACAGAACUGGGCAAAUAAAACACACCGCAAGGAACUGGCUACAAAGUGAUUCAUUACGCUAGUUCUAGCCUCUCUUGUGUAAGUCCACCCUGACAACAAAUUGUUCUCUUGACUGACCCUUCAGAGCAAUCUCUGAUUACAUCAACAGACCUUUGCUGUAGACCAUGUAGACUUGCUGGCUCUCACAGCAGGUGGUCACUUAUAGUACAGAGUUUGUUGAUUACUAAACAAAAGAGGAGAUAAAGUUGCGCCAAAUUAGAAUAGACAAAGUAUAGUUAGAAAUAUAUAUAUAUAUAUAUAUAUAUAUAUAUAUAUAUAUAUAUAUAUAUAUAAUUGUAUAAAUAACAGAAGUAGAGGUUGACACACUAGCCUUUUACUUUGUCACUCACCCAUCUCUUCACAGGCUUCACCGAAGGGUUCCACACGGGGUUAAUGGCACUGCCAUAGGUACGUUUGAGUGUAAACAACUUACAAUCAGCAGCAUCAGAUCCCACCACAAGUGGAUACACUCUGUCAUAACGAAAUUCAGAAGGCUUCAUGAUCGGCCAUUCCAUACGCCCCUGUUCACUUGCUGGCGUACCAAUCCUAUAGGUAUCCACCACAGGGAAAAAUAACAAUAAAAAACGAUUGAUCAUAACAUAUCGGCUCCUCAUUCUGUUGUGACACCUAGCCUGAAGGCACCCAUACCAUCAGACAAAUUCUCCCGGCAGUAGUCCACAGUGGACAACGCAAUACAGGCGAUAUUAGAGGCAGGAGAAGCAGCCUGGUUAGAAACUGACAUUUCCAGCGACUUCAAACUGCUCCAAAUAUGCCAGUCACUGUGGCAUCUACACGGAAUAAAAUGGAAAGGCUUAUACGAGUUUGCCGUUCGACUAACUUUUGGGGACAAAGCAGCCCAAAGUUAUUUGAUUUGUUCACUGAAACACUAUGCUGGCCUGUUAUACUUACGUAGCUGUCCAGUCGUCAUCCACUAUCUAGAUGACUUCCGGACUGUAGGAAAACACGAGACCAUCCCUCUAAGCAUUACGGAAACUGUGGCAAUUUUUCAACCAUAGGAGUGCAGGUAGCCUUGAAUAAAACAGUGGGACCUGUCACCAGGUUAUCAUUUAUGGAUAUAUGCCCAGACUCAGUCACCAUGCAGGCUAGUCUCCCCGCAGACAAAGUUCAGAGAAUCAGGACAGAGAUAGAGUUGUUUCUCAACAUAGAUACUACUUACCGAGAAAAAACCUACAGUCACUACUUGGUUCUCUGAACUUUGCUAUGAGAAUUAUCCCACAAGGACAGGCUUUUAUAUCGUGACUAUUCAGCCUCUUAGCCAAACUACCCAACAACCUCAGCAUAGUCACUCUAGACCAACAUGCUAGGUCAGACUUAUCUAUGCUGAGACAAUUCUUGUCUCAUUGGAACGGUACAAAUUUUUUCAUUCCACCUUGGACAGAGUUUUCCCCAGUGUUACGGACAGAUGCAGUAGCCCACUUAGGGUACGCAGCUAUUUUUGGCGACAGUUGUUUUAGAAGCACAUGGCCAGUCGAGACAGAAAGGGGAUCGGUUGGAAAGGGGGGAUCGGAGCUUGGCUGUGUGUACGCUGAUAGGCAAGGGGGGAUCGGAGCUUGGCUGUGUGUACGCUGAUAGGCAAGGGGGGAUCGGAGCUUGGCUGUGUGUACGCUGGUUGGCCGGGGGGGAUCGGAGCUUGGCUGUGUGUACGCUGGUUGGCCGGGGAUCAGAGCUUAGUGUAUGCUGGUAGGCGGGGAUCGAGCUUGGCUGUGUACGCAGGCGGGGAUCAGAGCUGGCUGUGUGUACGCUGGCAGGUGGGGGAUCGUAGCAUGGUUGUGUGUAGGCUAGGAGGAUCGGAGCAUGGCCUUGUGUACGCUUGGCUGUGCUGCUUUUAUAAUAUUGCACGCAGUCAGGCUGGAGAUUGGAAGCUCCUCGACUGAGAUGCUGCAGUUACAUAGCUGGCUGUUAGAGCUGGGAGGAGUCCCUUGGUUUCCUUGCCAACCCGGAGCAGGCUCUGGCAGCUGUGUUUAGUCAGCUGUGUACUGGUAUUAUAGCUCUUGCUGCUGCUGAGGCAGCACAGCUGAUGGCAUUUUAUUUUUUUAUUUUUAGACCUAGGCAGGACUGUAACCCUGCCCAUAGAUACUAGUCCUUGAUUGGAUCCCUGCAAACCAUGAUCGGCCAGUUAGCUGGGGAAAUUAGAACUUAAAUAAAGAAUAGGGAUCAAAACAAAUCAAUUGACCCCCUCUCCCCAGUAAUUUACUGCUGUUUGCAAGUGGAUGAAACUAAAGAUUGUGAUUAAGAUUAUUAAAUAAAAAUAUCUACCUGAGCACAAAGCUUGUUUUUUUUUUUUUUAAUGCUGUGUAUAUCUGGAACUGUUUAUGACAGACUUUUGUGAGGUUCUAUCCUGCAGGAAUAUGUUUACUUCUCGUAGAUCUGUUCUUUGUUAUAAGAGAGUAUUUGGAAUGUUACUGAAUGCAAAUAAACGUGUAUGCCCUGCUUAAAGGGACACUAUAGUCACCAGCUUAAUGUAGUGUUUUUAGUGUCUAUAGCCUGUCUCUGCAGUGUUAGCACUGUGAACACUGCCUUUUCUGAGAGGCGUUACCAGCUGGCAAUGUAAACACUGCUGAGACAGGCUAUAGAAAUUUAUGGGAAACGUUCAGCGCCUCCGUGGAGAUGCUGAACGUCCAUGCCGAAAAAAGGGUAAUUCUGAACUAGAAAGCGCCACUAGAGUGCAUUUCUAAAGCUAUAGUGCCGUUUGACAGCAACUUGAGCUUUUUAAACCCUGGAUUAAAAACAUUGCUGUUUUGCAGAAUGGCUGUGUUUUCGCUGAAAAUAAAGUUGUAUAGAUGCCUAUUGUGUCCCUUGUUAGGGGUUAACGAUUUAAUCAAAUAUAGCAACACAGAUGUAAAAUGCAAACCAUGGUGCACCAGUGUGUAACAAGCUUAACAAACCAAUGUUAUAAUUACUCCUAUCUUAUAGAACCUGCAUUAAUCAAUUCCCAAGCAUGAUCUCAAAGAAUGUAAGAAACUAGCACUACUAGUUCACAACAUGCAAUAUGUCAGAUAAAGGACCACUAUAGGCACCCAGACCACUUCAGCUCCAUGAAGUGGUCAGGGUGCCAGGUCCAUCUAGGGUUAACCUUGCCUGCUGUAAACAUAGCAGUUUCAGAGAAACUGCUAUGUUUACAUAUGGGUUAAUCCAGCCUCUAGUGGCUGUCUCAUUGACAGCUUCUAGAGGCGCUUCUCACUGUGAUUUUCACAGUGAGAAGAUGCUUGGGUCCCUAGGAAAGCAUUGAGUAAUGUUUUCCUAUGGACUGAUUGAAUGCACGCGGAUGAUGUCGGAAGAGGGAGGAGAGUCCCAGGUGCUGGAGAAAGGUAAGAAUUUAACCCCUUCCUCCCCCUAGAGCCUUGCGGGAGUGGGACCCUGAGAGUGGGGGGGACCUAUUAACACUAUAGUGCCAGGAAAAGUUUGUUUUCCUGGCACUAUAGUGGUCCUUUAAGGAGUAUUACACUUUUAUUACACUGCUUUCAGGCACAGGAUUGGUCAGACUCUAGUAUUAAUGAUUUUGGUGAGAUUGUUACCCACUAUAUGGCUCCUGCACACUAUUCUUUGCAUUUUAUCGAAUGUAAUUGUGUAUACUGUACAUGUGGUUCAUACUAGGUAUGGAACAAGGGAGAACUAAAUGUUUCACUCCAAAGCAGUAGAAAAAAAUGGAAAAAAGGUAGUAGUGUUAAAACAAUCAUCAAAGCUAUUUGUGUAAUUAAAAAUAAAUAAAUUUAACAUAAAUCAAACUGUAAAAAUGACUAAACUGUGUGUGAAGAAAGGGGUGAAACAUACGGCAUGGCUGAUGAACACAGGACUUGAAAAACAUGCUUUUCAGUCAGUUUGGAAAAUAGUUUUCAGCGACCUUUCUGCUAUGAAUGAAAAUUGUCUUGUGUGUACACUGCUACCUUUAUUCCAGAAUCACUUGGAAACUGGUAAAUUCAUCUCUUUCCAAGCCAUCCAUGUGUGUACUACCAUGAAACGAAGUACAAUCUCAAAGGUUUUAAGUGUAAAGGGCAGAGCAACUAUUCUAAAUCCAGGUCAAAGAUUAAAGGACCACUCUUGAGGUAAAGUUAUGAAGAUCCUAAAAAUCACUGGUUGGCUGAGGUGUUUAGUUAAUUAAUAAUACAAGUGCAGAUUUUUCAUAGAAAUCAGCACUUUUAUAAAGUGCCUGUUUAAUGGGAAAUGGCUUGACCCAUUUGGCAGCUCCGGUAUCUUCCUCCCUCCUGGCCAUUCCUCUUUAGCUGAUUCUGCCCGAGUGGUAUCUCUCAAUCUCCCCCCUUCAUGUUCUCUGAAUCUCUUCUAGCUCUGUGUGCUACCUGCAUGCACCCUGGUGUUACCAUGGAAACCAAUGUAAGCAGUGCUUCACACAUUCUCUGCCAGAUGAGAUUCUGUUACUGGGGAAAACCUGUCAAAGGACAUGUAUCAGCGAGCAUGCAUAGAAUUGCAGAACAGGAUCACAGGGAAAUUCUGGGCUCGGCCAUAAAGCAUUACGGAAAAUAUUCCUCUGAAUGUUCUGCACUUGCUGCACAUCCUUAAGAUUUGUUACUCUGCAGUGAACCCUCUGUCGAAGUCAAGCCUUAUGAUGGCUGCCUAAGGGAGUUUUUAGCAUAACCCAUAAACCCCUGCUCAGCAGGCUAGUAUAGUUGUUCCUUUUCUGGGGUACAGCCAAAGAUUAGCUUUAUUCACAAGAUUUGGUAAUCAGACUAUUCAAACAGAGUAAUGGAAUCUGGCUUCAUAUGUUUAAUGAAUGUUCUUGCAAGCUGUACAGGCCUCAGAGUUGUACUUUGAAGGCUUUUGAGGAUAAUAUUGCUGUUAUGACACAAAGCAAAGGCUUCAGUGUAAAUAAAGGAGGAAGGAAUGUGACUAAAGGUACUGCAAUGCCCGUUUAACCUAUAUAUUACUCCUAGUGUAUCGUCUUUUUUGUAUUGAAUGAAGGGAUAACAAGGUAUACCAGAACAUGUGUGUGUUUAACCCCUUAAAGACCAAACUUCUGGAAUAAAAGGGAAUCAUGACAUGUCAUGUGUCCUUAAGGGAUUAAAGGGACACUAUAGUCACCAGAACAACUACAGCUCAUUGUAUCUGUUCUGGUAAGCAGAAUCAUACCAUUCAGACUUUUUGCUGUAAGCUCUAUCUUUUCAGAGAAAAUGCAGUGUUUACAUUACAGCCUAGUGAUAAUUCCACUGGCCACACCUCAGAUGACUGCCAGAGGUGCUUCCUGGGGCAGUGCUGCACAGUGAGCAGCACUGUCAUUCAGUGUCUCCACCCUCUGCAGGCAGACUCUGAACUUUCCUCUUAGAGUUGAAUGGAUUCAAUGUAUCUCUAUUAGGAGAUGCUGAUUAGCCAGGGCUUUGUUUGACAUGUGCUGGCUCCACCCCUGAUCUGCCUCCUUGACAGUAUCAGCCAAUCCUAUGGGCGAAACAUCGUUAUUGGUUUAGACUACCACUUCUGAUGAUGACAGCAGGCAGAUCAGAGCAAACGGGGGGAGAGCCAGCAGCUGCUUACUUUGAAUAAAAGUAAGAUUUUACUAUAUUUAGGGGGCAAGAUUUGUGUUCCUGACCCUAUAGUGUUCCCUUAACCUUUAGGCAUGUUAAUACUGUAAACAUACAGAGUUAUUCACAAAAGUGAGCAUUCAAAGUGAUUUUCAAAUUUGAGGUAAAAAUAGUUGUAUUGCAAAAAUUCUCUGACUCCAAUAUCCUUCCAGUUUUGCUACUUUUACCUUAAAGCGGCACUGUCAUGGCUCCUCCUCCCAACUCCACCACACCUGGUCAACCCCAAAUGCUCCUAGGCCAGGGCUUGACAUAUUUGUUUUGAAUCUAGGAGCAAGCUAAAAAAGUUAGGAACUAGUCAUUUUCAAUGAGAAAAAUGCAAUUCUGAAAGGGACAAUGUAGUCACCAGAACCACCACAGCUUGAUGUAGUUGUUCUGAUGUCUAUAGCCUGUCCCUACAUGCUUUUCAAUGUAAAGGCAGUGUUUACAUUGCUGCUUAGUCACACCUCUAGUGACAGUCACUCAGACGACCACUAGAGAAUCCUGGAUCACUGCUGCACAGCGUGCAGCACCCACGUUCAGUGUCUCCAAGUUCUGCAUGGAGGUGCUGAAUGUUCCUCUUAGAGAAUCUUUAAUUCAAUGCAUCUCCAUGAGGAGAUGCGGAUUGGCACAUUUGCUGCGCAUGCACAAAAUCCUCCCAAUGCCUUCCUAAGAUAAAGCAUUGGCUUAGCUGAGAUCAUAAAGAUUGGAGGUGGGACCAGCCGCGGCGACACUGGCAUGGCAUAGGGGAAAAAAGUGAAUAAAAACACCUUACUCAUGCAAUCAGAGGUGGCAGGUACCUAAACACACAUGCUCACUCUGACAAAAGACACACACUUUGGCAGGCUCACUCGCACGCAUGCACGCACACUCACUCUGACAGGCUGUCACACACUCACAUUUAUGUUUUAAUUGAAAUCCAUCCAGCCUCCCUACCUUUGGGAGAACUGAGUGGAUCUUUCCCUAGGGUUCAGUGGGACUCCUUUCUUCCUGACAUUGUAUUCCGGCUCCCGGCAUCAUUAAACAGUUCGAGGGAGCAGAGAGGAACUGCAAGAAGAGUAUUGCUCCCGCGGGCCGGCAGCCACCUCCAUGCUGCAUUGGCUGGCCGGCCACCUGCUUACUCCUCAGGGCGGGCUGCACCAAUAAUCCACGUGGCAGCGACCUCCUUUAAAGCGCCCUAACUAAAGAGCUGGCAAAUCCCAGUCAUAAGGGCGAAAUGUCUAGUCGACCUGGCGCCUGGGAUUUGUCGAGUCCUGCCCUAAGCCCUCCUUUUUAAUGUUUAUUUCGUGACAAGACCUAGGUCCUGGGCAUUUGCUUUUUUUCCGAAAUUCAGACAGGAAUUUCGUCUAAUUUAUUCAUUAGUCAAAAAGACGAAUAAAUAGAAGUUUGACACAAAGACCGAACGCCAGUGUUCGUUCAGCUUACGAACGGCUCGCUGAUCUCUCUUGUGUCACCUCCACCUAUAAUACAUAAGGUACCUACUAUCUCCCUAUCUCCUCCCCCACAUUUUGAUGGUAAGAUUCAAGAAUACCAGGGAUUCCUUAAUAAAAUUGAGUAUCAUUUUGAGGCUUUGCUGGGAUCCUUUCCCAUGGAUAGAGCUAAUAUUGGUUACCUAAUGAACCAGCUUAACGGUAAAGCUUUAGCUUGGGCCAAUCCAUUGUGGGAGAUUAAUAGGAGUAUUACACAUAAUUACCAGGAAUUCCUUGUGGAAUUCGAAUUAACAUUUGAACCAUUAGGCAGGGAAGACGACGCCUCCAUAGAAUUUCGUAGAAUUGUGUGUGUGUGUGUGUGUGUAUAUAUAUUAUAAAAUAAUACUAGCCUUUGCACUCCUACCUCCAGCCAAAUGACACCGGGUGCCUAUCCACACUAUAAACAGUAGAAAAAAUUAAAAACUCGCCGGCACUCCUGGAUUUUCAGUCAGGAAAUUUUGUCACAAAGGUUGACGUUUCAGUUCCCAACAUGAACUUUCAUCAGUACACCUUGUGUAUAUAAAAUAUGCAUGUAUGUAUACAGUGAGGGUAGUAUUUGAUCCCCUGCUGAUUUUGAACAUUUGCCCACUGACAAAGAGAUGAUCAGUCUAUAAUUUUAAUGGUAGGUGUAUUUUAACAGUGAGAGACAGAAUGACAAAAAAAAAAUCCCCCCAAAAAUGCAUGUGUAGUUCUAAAUUGACUUGCAUGUCAAUGAGUGAAAUAAGUAUUUGAACCCUUUGACUUAGUACUUGGUGGCAAAACCCUUGUUGGCAAAGACAGAGGUCAGAUGUUUCGUGUAGUUGGCCACCAGGUUGGCACACAUCUCAUGAGGGAUUUUGUCCCACUCCUCUUUGCAGAUCCUUUCAAAGUCAUUAAGGUUUUCGAGGCUGACGUUAGGCAACUCGAACCUUCUGCUCCCUCCACACAUUUUCUAUGGGAUUUAUGGUCUGAAGACUGGCAUGGCUACGCCAGGACCUUAAUGUGUUUCUUCUUGAGCCACUCCUUUGUUGCCUUGUCUGUGUGUUUUGGGUUAUUGUUGUAGCAGACCCACGGUCUGUUCGUGUGUUUCCCGCUUGUAAUGUGUGUGUGUCCUCCCUUUAUUUGGCUUAUUGUAUCCUGCUUCCCGUUCGGGAGCGUUCAUGCGAGAGGCGCUCCUCCAUCUCCCGAACGGGGGCCACCCCCAAUAGCCCACUUAAAACCCUAGUUAGAAUGUCUUUUAGAAUGCUUUCCCUGGGUGACCGCCAUUUCGUAUAGAUAUACUCCAUUCAGGGGGUGCUUUUGUGGAUCGUUUCCCGAACGAGGACCUCCCUGGUGCCCCAUUAGAACGUUCGCAUUCGCAACAAAAGUGUGAAACCGCAAGUAAUUGAGUGCUCCCCUGGGUGGCCGCCCUUUAGUAUAGACUAACUGCACCCAGGGGGAGCGUUCGUAACCCGAAAGAGACGCUUCCCUUGCUAGAUGUCCACACAGGGAUCCCGCGAACAAAGACGGUUAGCGACAAGUGCCGUUGUGAGGGUCCCUGAGGUUGGUGUGGGCACUUUUGGGGCACUGGCUAGUGUGGCGGGCUAGUUUUUUCUGUGCAGAGGAGGCUCCUGGGAAAACAAGACUCCCUACCCUCCCCCCCCCCCUUUUCCCUGGGAUCCCAGGGAGGGGGAGGAGCCUGGGAUGUGACCCUGUAUGUGUGUGUGUUGAAAACCCCUUGCAUGGUGUUAUGCAUUAAAGCAGAGUGUGGCCAGUAAAAUUGUGUUGUACCUCCAGAACUAGGUCUUGUCCAGUUACUGGGGGGAAAUGGGUUUCUUAGUUCUUUAAGUGGUUCCAGAGCAGCGGAAGGAAGGCAAUAGCGGAGUCCACUAAAAUUGUCAUCCUGGCAUACCCAUCCUUGACCCAUUUUCAGUUCCCUGGCUGUGAAGGAAAGAGGUUCUCACCGAAGAUUUAAUGGUACAUGGCCCUGUCCAUCGUCCCUUUGAUGAGGUGCCGUUGUCCAUCCCCUUAGCAGAAAAACACCCCUAAAGCAUAAUAUUUCCACCUCCAUGUUUGAUGGUGGGGAUGGUCUUCUUGGGGUCAUAGGCAGCAUUCCUCCUCCUUCAAACCUGGCGAGUUGAGUUGAUGCCAGAGAGCUUGAUUUUGGUCUCAUCUGACCACAACACUUUUACUAAGUUCUCCUCUGAAUCAUUCAGAUGUUCAUUGGCAAACUUCAGAUGGGCCUGUAUAUGUGCUUUCUUGAGCAGGGGGACCUUGCGGGCCCUGCAGGAUUUCAGUCCUUCACGGCAUAGUGUGUUACCAAUUGUUUUGUGGGUGACUAUGGUCCCAGCUGCCUUAAGAUCAUUAACAAGAUCCUCCUGUGUAGUUCUGGGCUGAUUCUUCAGUGUUCUCAUGAUCAUUGAAACUCCAAGAGGUGAGAUCUUGCAUGGAGCACCAGACUGUCAGUUAUUGUGUUUCUUCUAUUUGCAAAUAAUCGGACCAACUGUUGUCACCUUCUCACCAAGCUGCUUGGCGAUGGUCUUGUAACCCAGUCCAGCCUUGUGUAGGUCUGACAUGGUUGGACAGCUCUUUGGGCUUGGUCAUGGUGGAGAGUUUGGAAUCUUAUUGAUUGCUUCUGUGGACAGAUGUCUUUUAAACAGGUAACAAGCUGAGAUUAGGAGAGCUCCUAAUCUCAGCUCUUUACCUGUAUAAACACCUGGGAGCCAGAAAUCUUGCUAAUUGUUAGGGGAUUAAAUACUUAUCUCACUCAUUAACAUGCAAAUCAAUUUAUAACACGUGUUUUUCUGGAUAUUUUUUUGUUUUGUUUUGUUAUUCUGUCUCUCACUGUUAAAAUAUACCUACCAUUAAAAUUAUAGAUUGAUAAUUUCUUUAUCAGUGGACAAACAUUCAAAAUCAGCAGGGGAUCAAAUACUUUUUUCGCUCACUGUGUGUGUGUGUGUAUCUUCAAUUGUAUAGAAAUUUGUUAUAUACCGUAUUUUUCGCUCCAUAAGACGCACCUAGUUUUUAGAGGAGGAAACCCAGAAAAAAAAAUAUUCUGAACUGUUCCAUAGUGUUUCUUACUAUGGGACAGUUUGUUCAGAAUAUUUAUUUUUUUUUAAAGGAAUUUUUUGUUCCUUACCACCCACUCCCCUCUCCUGUCCCAUAAUGAUCUUUAACCCUCCUCCCCUGUCCCAUAGUUAUUUUAACCACCCUUUCCUCUGUCCCAUAGUGAUUGUUAACCCCUCCUCCCCUUGUCCAAUAGUGUUCUCGUCCCAUAGUGCACUUUCCCUCCCAUAGUGUCCACCCCUCCCCUUGUCCCAUAGUGUCCCACCCUCCCCUUGUCCCAUAGUGUCCCACCCUCUCCUUGUCCCAUAGUGUCCCACCCUCUCCUUGUCCCAUAGAGUCCCCCCCAUCCCCCCCUUGUCACAUAAUUACUUACCUGUCUUGUAGCGUGGGCCGGCUUCACAGCACGCUCCGCGGUACAGGAACUUCAAGUUCAGGUUCCGGUUUCCGGCGGGACUGAAAGGAAGUGCACACUCAGUGUGCACACUUCCUUUCAGUCCCGCCGGAAACCGGAACCUGAACUUUAAGUUCCUGUACCGCGGAGCGCGCUGUGCUGCCGGCCCACGCUACAAGACAGGUAAGUCAAGCUUCACAUUCGCUCCAUAAGAUGCUCAGACAUUUCCCCUCACUUUUGAGGGGGGAAAAAGUGCGUCUUAUGGAGCGAAAAAUACGGUGUGUGUGUGUGUGUGUGUGUGUGUGUGUGUGUAUAUGUGUGUGUGUGUGUAUAUAUAUAUAUAUAUAUAUAUAUAUAUAUAUAUAUAUAUAAAUAAAAAUUCCUGAGCCCUUCCAUAAAAUCAAUUUGAAGAUACAUUUGAUGGUACUAUAGGGGUGGUAGGGAAGCUGUUUGAGUACAUGCAUUGAUGUGUGGAGUUCUUCUAUACCUUUGUUUUAGCAUGGAUGCCACCACUUCUGGGUACUUUGCAGUCAGUAAACUGGUUUCCUUGCUGUUAGUUUUUUGGGGUGAAUGUCUCACUCUUACUAUAGCUAGCUUUUGUAUGUAUUCCCAAAUAAACUACUUAUUAGUUUGUUUAAUUUUGGACUUUGUGCAGGUUAUGUGCAACUUAAUCAUUCCACUGGCCUCUGGGCCAUGAUGGCUUUAGUGCAGCGGCUGCCAUCAUCUGUGUUUGAGGUGGUUAUUGAAGCUGUCACUCUGCAGUUAGUGCAUGAUCUUUGUGAUAUAACUCAGAAGGAUUAUUUUCUGUGAUGCCCUGCAGAUGUAUAUUAAAAUACCAUUUUUCUUUCAUCGUAGGUGGCAGCAGUACAGGAUGCAAGUCGUCGUCCUCUCUCUGUCUGGCUGCACCCUUUGCCUUUGUCCCCACUGAGGCAAGCAUGUCGAGUCAGCACAGCCACGCCCCUUUCUCCAGCCUUCAAUCAAUGGCUGAUCAUCAGCAGGUAAUAUUCUUUUGCUCCUCUUUGGACCAAUGGAAAUUGAGAUUUUCUUUCUGACAACAAUAUUUCCUUUUGCCCCUGGAGCUUUCCGAAAAUCCUAUAUAGACUGAACAAUGGAUUUAACCUAGCUUUUAAUGGCAAACAAAUUCUCCAAAAUACAAAUAAAGAAAUGUGAUGCAUUGGCGCUUCCACAUAACCUAGAUAUAGGUGUAUGUUAAAAGGUUUUCUCCUCAAUCACCUCAAGGUUACCUCUAAAAAGUACAUCAAACAAAAACAAUAGCUGUGAGAUCGGCUCCAAGGUGUCUAUACAGGCUAGGACUCCCACUGGGCAGGAACCACAGGUGUAUACCGUAUUUUUCGCUCCAUAAGACGCACCUCAACAUAAGACGCACCUAGUUUUUAGAGGAGGAAACCCAGAAAAAAAAUAUUCUGAACUGUCCCAUUGUGUUUCUUACUAUGGGACAGUUUGUUCAGAAUAUUUUUUUUUUUAAGGAUUUUUUGUUCCUUACCACCCACUCCCCUCUCCUGUCCCAUAAUGAUCUUUAACCCUCCUCCCCUGUCCCAUAGUUAUUUUAACCACCCUUUCCUCUGUCCCAUAGUGAUUGUUAACCCCUCCUCCCCUUGUCCAAUAGUGUUCUCAUCCCAUAGUGCACUUUCCCUCCCAUAGUGUCUACCCCUCUCCUUGUCCCAUUGUGUCCCCCCUCCCCUUGUCCCAUAGUGUCCCCCCCUCCCCUUGUCCCAUAGUGUCCCCCCCUCCCCUUGUUGUAGCGGAGAGGCAGUAUAAUCCACAAUAUCUCCGCUGGGUAACAGGAACAACAAAGGAUAAUCCAGGGAAUCGGCAUACAAUAAUCCAAGUAGCACUGCAGUAACCCUUCCUUCCCAAGAACUAGACGACACAUAGGCUGGGAGUCAACUGAGGUAUUUUAUUUCAGCUCCACAAUUUAUACAAGUCCCCAUGCAAGGGGUUUCCUGAGUCCCCUCCCAGGGGCAUUCCCAGAGGGGACUACAUGGGGGACUUACUGUACAGGACAUUUCUCCCAUCAGGCACUGCUGCACAAGAGGGAUCCUCCCACAGGAAUGUACCGUUAAGUGGAUUAUCCCUCCGUGCAGCAGAACCUACAAUUCGUAUUAAAAUGCAUAACUCUCUGAAUAUAUGGUCUAUUUAAACGAAUGGACGUUCGGUAGAUAGCUGGGGACUGAGCGCAUCGUUCCUGAGAUUACCGCUCAGAUCCCAGCUAAAACAACCGAACGCCUCACGAAAAACACAUUCAUUAAAACAUAUCUUCAAAAGACCGAUUGUAUGUAAGGGAACAGGAUACCGAACGGCCCGGACCUCCCAAAUGGCCUGGAAGCUCAGCGGUGUUCGUGCCGUCGAGUAGCCGUUUUUAGUACCAUGCGCUCGACGACCAAACACCGCUGAGGGAACAAAGGAUCCAAGAUGGCCGACCGCCGCAUGGUCGGUAGUCGAACGACGGCCACCUUGGAGAGCCUCUAAUUACCGAUUGCAACAUUGUUGCAAUCGGUUAAUAGGCGCCACACACCUCUAAGUGUGUGGGCUAUUAAAUGAUGGUUUGUUCGGUUCACGAACGGCCCGCAAAGGUGCCGUUCGUGAAACGAAAGGGAAUCAGCUAUCUGCUUUCGGCAGAUAGCCCAGGCAGGAAAUACAGUAUUACAAUUGCAUUACAUUACACGCUGGAACACAUAUAACAUGAAAACCAUACAGGCAACCCUUAAAGCGACAGUACAUAAAUAAUGUCCAAGUGGCUAGGUUUGCCACACUUGUUCCAUAGUGUCCCCCCUCCCCUUGUCCCAUAGUGUCCCCCUCUCCCCUUGUCCCAUAGUGUCCCCCCCUCCCCUUGUCCCAUAGUGUCCCCCUGUCCCAUAAUUACUUACCUGUCUUGUAGCUUGGGCCGGCUUCACAGCGCGCUCCGCGGUACAGGAACUUCAAUUUCAGGUUCCGGUUUCCGGCGGGACUGAAAGGAAGUGUGCACACUGAGUUUGAACCUGAAAUUGAAGUUCCUGUACCGCGGAGUGCGCUGUGCUGCUGGCCCACGCUACAAGACAGGUAAGUAAAGCUUCACAUUCACUCCAUAAGACGCACAGACAUUUCCCCUCACUUUUGAUGGGGAAAAAAGUGCGUCUUAUGGAGCGAAAAAUAUGGUACUUAAUUGAAUAGUUGAAAUGUCUCAAAUGCCCUAUAAUAUGCACACAAACUUACAUAAUCUGUUUAUAAUACUUUCGAUCAUAAUUUGUCAUCUGCAGUUCAACCUCUAGCAGUCAUUUGUGAUGUCAAAUGCAUAGUCCCAAAAAUUAUGUUUUUAGGUUUCCCCAGUCAAGUUCUUUUAUUAAAAAAAAAAUCAUAAUAGUUGCAUUAUUUGGUAAACCAAGCCAUUAUUCUGUCAUAAUUAAUAGCCCCCACUUUGCUUCUCAGGUCCUGCCAGACAUGACCAUUUUACAAAGGCGGAUUCCCUUAACCUUCCGAGAUUCAUCAGCCGCACCGCUACGGAAGCUUUCAGUGGAUUUAAUAAAGACUUACAAGCACAUAAAUGAAGUAAGUACUAAAAUGCAUAAAUUGCUUGGGAGAAGACAUGUUAUGCUGAAUUUUAACUCCUUAUGGCAGUAUCAAAGUUACACUGCAAUUGGUGUGCAAGUCCUAAACCUAUCAUCACUAUAUUUUGAUUUUUCUCAUGUUUAAGGGGACACUAUAGGCACCCAGACUACUGCAGCUCAUUGAAGUGGUCUGGGUGCAGUGUUCCCGUCACCAUAACCUCAGUGGUAAUUAUUGCACUUUUUAAGAAACUGCAAUAAUUACCUUUGAGGGUUAGUGCCACCUCUGGUGGCUGUCUAUCAGCCAAUAGUGGGACCUUAGUGGUUGUUAGGCAACGUUUGGUCAUCUAACUGAUGCUGGAUGUCUUCCUGCUAUUGGGUGUGGUCCUAUUGCAAGCCCAGUCAUUGCAUUACUUAAUGUUACCAUCUCCUUAAAUAGUAGCCUUAGCGACAUACGAAAGAAGGUGGAUUGUUGUACAUCUUGUACAAUGCUUUGACCUACAUAUCUACAUUAAGGUAGUCAUGUAAAGAGCAGAAGGAUAGUAGAAAAAAGCAAGAAAAGGAAAGAGGUGAUGGCAGAUGAGGAGAGGGUGGAGGAGUGCACAAGUCUUGUGUAUGCAGCGUUUGUGAGGGUAAGUGCUGGAACGUGUCUUUCCAUACUCUCUGGAACUUGGGCAGGAAGCCCAAGGUUCAUUGUGACAUUUCUUCAUAGAUUCUGGUUUUGACAAGGCUCGAACCAUUUCCCUCGUGGACAUAGUGGUUGUUUUUCCAAAAAGAGACCAUAGCUUUCUUAGAUUUGAUCACAAGAUGUACUAUCGUAGUGUUAGGUGGGCCUUUAACCUUGUCCUGGAACAUUUCCAGUAAAUUAGCUUUAGGAAGAAACAGAAGCUUCGUCUUUGUUGCGAGGGUGAUGUCUUUUACUGAGGAUCAGAAUUGUUAUAAGCGGGUUAUCCCCCAAAAAUAUGGAUUUUUUUUCUCAAAUUUGAGAAUAGUCUGCGAACUCCCAAUGGCCUAAACAUCUAGUGGCUCCAUGUGUCAUAAUGCAUUUUCACAUUCUUCUAUGGUGACUGUCUCCUAGGUUAUCAUUAAGGGAAGUUUGGCUGAACCUGACACUGAGACUUGCUGAUGGUAGCAUAGUGAGAGGUUUCCUGGUGUACUUUAUAGAAUAGCACAGUUUCUCCAGUUUCUCAAAGUUAAUGAGAUACAGGUAGUUUAGGGAUAAUAUUCUAUUUAUUAUUAAAGGGACAAUAGUCACCAAAACAACUUUAGCUUAAUGAAAGCUUUGGGUAUAUAGAUCAUGUCCCUGCAGUCUCACUGCUCAUUUCUCUGCGAUUUAGGAGUUAAAUCACUUUAGUUUCUGUUUAUGCAGUCCUAGCCACACCUCCCCUGGCUGUGACUCACAGAGCCUGCAUGAAAACAAAAUGGUUUCAAUAAGAUGUGGGGAAAAAAUUGUGAUUGAAAACCCCUUCCACCUGAAGUCUGUGGAUAGUUAAUACAAGGUUAAACAAAAAUCUGCACACCAGUCAAGCCAUAAGACUUGCUUUUCCCACAGAAAUCCCAAAACUUCAGCGAUGUUACAUAUAUAUAUUACUAUAAAAGUUUUUACCCCCUGCUCUAUAAAUUGAACUUUAACCACAUAGAUGGCUCCUGCAGCGUCUAGCAAGCUAUUAACAGAGCUGGAGAUAAGAAAUUUUAAAUUAAACAUAAUUUGCAAUAAACAAAAUGUAAAGAUUAGAUGACUCUUUACAAGUAGUGUUUAGGAAGGCAGUGUAAGUCACACUAAGCUAAAGUUGUUUUGGUGACCAUAGUGUCCUUUUAAGAUGUUUUUUUUUUAUGUAUGAGAAAAGUUCUGUAAGAGGUAGAUGGUAAUUCUCUUAGUGUAUGAAAAGACUUUAUGCCUGUUUACCCACUGUUUUUAAAGUAAUACAGGGUAGCUUUUUCGCCAAAAAUAAACUUUUUCUAAUCUUUCUAUAUCGCUCCCUGUAUCUAAAUAUACUUUUCCUUAUGCAUAGCAAUCAAGUAGACAAAACUUGAUAAGCAGAUCUCCGGGUUAUCCAAAGCACCAUGACCACUUCAUUGGUUUGAUGUGGCCAUGGUGCCUGGAGUCUGUAUGCGCAGUUUUUGCUAUGAAUGAGUCACAUCCCGGAACAGGCGUUGCUAGCGCUGCAUAUAUAGAAACAUUACAAGGAGACGAUAGCCAACUGAAAAUAGAUAUUAACCAUUUAAUUGUAUUGAUUUGUUUGGAGUGCCCUGGCACUGUCCCUUCAUUCAGUGUUUAACCAUUUUCGAGCAGUUUAAUUCUGAUAAAGAUUUCUGGUCUCCACUAGCAAUGUAGUUAAGGAUGUACCAGCAGUGGGUGCUUUGAGUGGCUGAAAGCAGUCAGCUGACACUCCAGAAUUAACCCCUUAAGACCGGAGGGCGUACUAUUACGCCCUAUUCUAAGCGGCUCUAAACGCCGCCGGGCGUAAUAGUACGCCCUCCGGUCUUUUCCUACUUACCCGGUCACCGGCGUUCGGGGGACUCCCAGGGAGCCCCCUGCGGCAUGUCCGUCCUCCUGGAAGCCCCCCGGCCAUGUGAGAGUGGGGUCCUUGCGAGGACCCCACAAUCACAUGGCCGGGGGUAGCUGGCUGCAGCAUUGCCAGCAGGGGGGCUGCCUGUAAUGACAGGUGGUCCCCCUGCUGGCUGAAAAUAAAAUUAAAAUAAAAUAAAUAGUGUAAAAAAAAUAAUAAUAUAUACUUAUAUAUAUAUAUGUAUGUAUGUGUGUAUAUAUAUAUAUAUAUAUAUAUAUAUAUAUAUUAAUAUCAAAUUACACGUAGACUGAUACUGAUUAAAUAUAUAUAAUAUUAUUGCUAUAUAUAUAUUUAUAUAUAAUAUAAAAAAAUAAAAAUGUAAAUACGUUAAAAAAUAAAAUUAAAAAAAUAAUUUAAAAAAUUCAUUUAAAAAUAUAUAGAUGUGUGUUAUUUCGUUCUAACUGUAUUGUGAAAUUUAUAUAUAUAUAUAUAUCAAAAUACACGUAGAACGAAAUAAUAUAUAGAUCUAUAUACAUAAAUAUCUACGUAUAUAUCACUAUAUAUAUACCUAUAUAUAAAUAAAAAUAUAAAAAAAAUUAUAUAGAUAUAUACAUAUAUAUACACAUACGUGUAUAUAUAUAUAUACAUAUAUUAAUUCUACAUAUAUAUUUAUGUAAUAUUUUUACAUAAUUAGGUAUCUUAAUUACAAUUAGCGGGACCUGCCUGACAACCCAUGCCGAAAGUAAAGGGAAUUUAAUUUGCUAGCACUAUAUUUAACCCUAUAACUUUCCAAGACACCAUAAAACCUGUACAUGGGGGGUACUGUUCUACUCGGGAGACUUCGCUGAACACAAAUAUUAGUGUUUCAAAACAGUAAAAUGUAUUACAACGAUGAUAUCGCCAGUAAAAGUGAAGUUUUUUGCAUUUUUCACGCACAAACAGCACUUACACGGACGAUAUUAUUGCUGCAAUACUUUUUACUGUUUUGAAACACAAAUAUUUGUGUUCAGCUAAGUCUCCCGAGUACAACAGUACCCCUCAUGUACAGGUUUUAUGGUGUUUUCAAAAGUUACAGCGUCAAAUAUAAGGCUUGCGUUUCAUUUUUUUCACAUUAAAAUUCGCCAGAUUGGUUACGUUGCCUUUGAGACCCUAUGGUAGCCCAAGAAUGAAAAUUACCCCUAUGAUGGCAUACCAUUUGCAAUAGUAGACAACCCAAGGUAUUGCAAACGGGGUAUGUCCAGUCUUUUUUAGUAGCCACUUAGUCACAAACACUGGCCAAAAUUGGCGUUUUUUGCAUUUUUCACACACAAACAAAUACUAACACUAACUUUGGCCAGUGUUUGUGACCAAAUGGCUACUAAAAAAGACUGGACAUACCCCAUUUGCAAUACCUUGGGUUGUCUACUAUUGCAAAUGGUGUGCCAUUAUGGGUGUAAAUUUCAUUCCUGGGCUAGUAUACAGUCUCAAAGGCAACGUAACCAAUCUGGCGAAUUUCAAUUUCAAAUGUAACGUGCUAUAUUUGACCCUGUAACUUCCCAAAACGCCAUAAAACCUGUACAUAGGGGGGAACUGUCUUACACAUGAGACUUUACUGAAUACAAAUAUGUGUACUUUAUUGCAGUAAAAGCAAACCGUAUUAUGACAUUGACCGUUAAAAUGUCAUGUAGAACUAAAAAAAAUAAAAAAAAUCUCAUUUUUUCCCAUUUUUUUUCAUAUUAAAUUAUGUUUCAUAGCUAAAUAUUUGAUAUUAAAUGAAAGCCCUGUUUCCCCUGAAUAAAAUGAUAUAUAAUAAGGGUGGGUGAAUUUACUAUGAAAGAGGUGAAUUACGGUUGGACAGACAUGUAGCGCAAAUGCCAGGUUUUGUUUACAUUUUGUUUUUUUCACAACGUGUACAUUUGGUUCCGUCCUUAAGGGGUUAAAUAGAUGUAUGUAAUUUAUUGAUUUUAGGAGUUUGGGUUUUGGAAGGGGAUGGAGUAUUUUAGGGGUUUGAAUUUUUUGAAUGCAUUGUGUAAAUAACAUAUUAUAAUACGGUGCUAAUGUUCAACUAGACAAUCCAUGUAACAUUCUUUAAAGGAACACUGUAGGGUCAAUAACACAAAUAUGUAUUCCUUACCCUAUAGUAUUAAAAACACCAUCCCCCACCCCACCUACCCCUUGCCUUCCCUACAUAAAGUAUAUUCUUAUCUUUACUCCAGUCUGCUGCUGGCUCUACCCAUGACCUGCCUGCUUGGCUGACAUCAUCAGAAGUGUUGCUCAAUACCAAUCACGAUGCUUUCCCAUAGCAAAGCAUAGGAUUGGCUAAAACUGUCAAGGAGGCAAAUCAGGGACAGAGCCAGCCCAAGCCAAACACAACACUGGCCACAUAGAGAUGAAUUGAAUCAAUGAAUCUCUGAGAAAAGUUCAGUUUUUACAUGCAGAGGGAGGAGAUACUGAAUGUCAGUCACGCUGUGCAGCACUGCCUCAUGAAGCACCUCUAGCAGUCAUCAGAGUAGUGGCCAGUGGAUGUAUCCCUAGGCUGUAAUGUAAACACUGCAUUUUCUCUGAAAAGACAGUGCUUACAGCAAAAAUCUUGAAGGCAAUGAUUCUACUCACCAGAACACAAUACAAUAAGCUGUAGUUGUUCUGAUGAUUACAGGGUCCCCAUAUUCUGGUCUAUUUACAGCAACAUUUUCAAAGUGUGAUAUGAGAAAUAUUUUCUUUCGCAACUAUUCAGGUGUAUUACGCAAAAAAGAAGCGCAGAGCCCAACAAGUACCGCCUGAGGAUUCCAGCACAAAGAAAGAGCGCAAAGUGUUUAAUGAUGGCUUUGAUGAUGACAACUAUGAUUAUAUUGUGAAAAAUGGGGAAAAGUGGAUGGACAGAUAUGAAAUAGAUUCACUGAUUGGAAAAGGCUCGUUUGGACAGGUGGGUGAAUUUUUCUUUUACAGUGUCGCUGUUGUUUCCGCAUUUGAGCACCUUUAAUUUUAGGUUUCAUAGAAGAAUGUGCCUAUGGUCUAAGAUUACUUAUAAAAUCAGAAAAGAGCACAUAAACUACUACUAAAUCUUUGCAAACAAUUUAGACAGACAUCCAAUAAAACAAAUUCUUUUAAUAUCCUCCCAAACCAGUCCUCAUGGCACAUCAACAAUCCAGGAUUUCUCAAUUUUUCAUUUUUAUUCCAAUGGAGAUACUGACAAAACUUGUACUGUUUGUUUGUCAUGAGAACUGGUUUGGGAACCACUUGUCUACAGCAAAAACAAGAAUGAGUCUCCUCUAUUACAUAUAAUAUAGAAUAUAAUACAAAGCAUCUUUAUGCAACAUAAUUAGCUAACAUAAAGGAAAGCAAAAUACCAAUUGGAUACAAUUACAAGAAUGUAUAUAUAAUAGUGAAGGGGCCAGAGUUAGCCAAGGAAAGUCUUCGUCAAAAAGCGUAAAAUGGAUGUUGUAAAAGUAAUGAAGCAGACAGUGUGGGAACGAUAAUUCGUAAAUAUAAGGAUAUCAAAAUCUCUGUUGUAACCCUGAAUACUGCCAAAUAUAAAGAAAAUUAUCAUUUAGUAGCUAUACCCCUAAAUUUUGAACCCAUCCCCCCCUACCAAUUCUGCCCAGACUUUAUGUGGCUGUCCAAUCACAGACUUCCAAUGCAGCUCAAUGAGAAGUCUUUGCAAGGCAAAUGCUGCUUCUUGAAUUUAUCUCCACUAAACUAAACUCCCUUUUAUAAAAUUGUAAAUUUUUGUUGAAAUCUGCACUUUUUGUAAAAGGAAAAGAGAGAACCAUUUUCACUCAUAAAGCACUUCAGUUUCUUAUUUGUGUAGCAGGGGUAGUCAUCCUUUUAAGACCUACCACCCACUUUUGUAUCUUUGUUGACGGUAACAUUUCCUUACCCCCCCACCAGUGCCGCAGUAACUAAUUUUAUAGCGCAAGUGCGAUUUUAUGUAUUAAUUUUUUACAUUUUGUUUAGAAAGGUGGUUUUCUUUUUACUUUUUAAAAUAUGAACUUAAAUUUAUCUAAAAAUUUUUCUAUUUUCUCUUCGAUUUUUUUUUUGUGUGUGUUUUGUGUUAAGGGUGUAUUGUUUGUGUGAAGGGUGCUGUACGAGGGUGAGAGGGUGAGAGGGUGUAUUGUGUGUGUGUAGCGUGAGAUGUGAAAAUCUAUCUUAAUGUCUACCCCUUCCUUCUUACCUUUUACCAGGGAGGGGCCACAUAAUGCUGGAAGCCCUGGUGGUCCAGUGGUGGCAUGUCAGUUUAGCCUGCAGUUUCUCUGACAGCACUGCAGAGCACAGCACUGUAUUGAAGCGUUGCCAUGGUAAUGUGCGGCAACACUCUGACCGGCCUACUCGCGGGAGGGACACAGAGCCUCCCAGGCCCUUCCCUCCCUCUAAUGAACGAAGUGCCAGUGGCCCGGUGAGGGAGAUCUUUGAUCUCCUCACCAGCUUGAGAGGGCUUACAGCAAUGCUGGCUCUGCAUGGGCGGGCACUGGAGACUCACAUGGUCCACAGCCAUCGAGGCCCACUGGGCAGCCAUCGAGGCCCACUGGGCAUUUUCUGUAGAACCCACCACUGCCCACCCGAAAUCCCAAACCAGACCCCUGGUGUAGAGUGUUCCUUUAAGUACAAGACUAGGGCAGGGGUGCCCACAAUUUUGUGUCAUGAUCUACGUUUUAAAUGACCAGCUCGACAAGAUAUACUUGCAAAAAACUUCUUACAAAAAAAAGGAUACUACUGCAUGUAUCUUCAUAUGAAUUAAUCUAGUAAAAUAAAAAAAAAUAAAAAACCCUGCCACCCCCCUCUCUACAAACCCCCUGUCCAGCUCCAUUAAAAAAAAAAAAAAGAGCAAGAGAAAAUCAGCAAACAGGCCCUUUACUCGUAAGUAAUGUCUGCUUGCUGCUUCCUGCCUCAAAGGUCCACCGCCUCAGCACUGCCUGCAUCCAGUGUCAAACGGAUCCUUCUGCUUCCUGGAAACACUGCAAAGAAAGGCCGAACAUGUCAACGCGGUGGUGUAGCUAGAGCUUUUGCCGCCCAGGGUGGUCCCCAAGUUUGCUGCUUCUCACAGCCCGACCUCAUUACGAAUCGACUCCGCGCCAGUUGCGUUUUGAGAUGUACAGGGAUAUGACAUGCUUCAUAUCCUCGUCCCCUCCACACAGACUGUGGCAUGUGUAUUUGUAAACUGUUAACGUUGGAAUGCAGGGGUGUAUUUGUGUGCAGUGUUGGUGUUUGAAUGCUGGACUGUAUACAUUGCCACACACAGAUACCCACAUGCGUGUGCAGCCAGACAAUUAGACAUACAUACAGGUACACACACGGCGCACACAGACUCUCCGCUAUACACACACACUGAUUGGCGCGCUGACUCUCCACUACGCGCCUGGGGACACAUCUAUAAAUAGCUAUUAUUUAAUUUAUUUUGUAAAGCUAUCUUCCUGUUUACUGCCGGGGGUGUUCUUGUGGUUCAGUGGGAGAUGAGAUAGAUAGGAGUCAGACUCUAUGCUUCCCCAGUUCCUCCCAUUCUCACCAUGUGGCACCCUGUUUGCUGGGAGGAAGUGACCUGAAUUCACUUUCUCCCAGCAGGCCAUGGGAAACUCUAUCCUUUGCAGUAUUAAAGGGCAGUAAUUAAGUGUUGUGGCUUCCAGUCCCUUGCAGACCUUUUCACCCAAGUCCGAGGGCCAUGCCAGCCGUGCAUGCUCCAUAGCCCCCAGUUACACCAAUGCGUCAGUCAUGUUGGUGUGGCGUUGUGCGCUUUCUGGCACCUGCAUGAUCUUCCUAAGCUCCUCCACAUAAUCAGGUAGUGCUGUACCCUCACCUCACAGCUAAUUAAAGAGCCGUCUGUGAUCUACCGAUAGACCUAUUGGGCACCCUUGGUCUAGUUUAUUGUUGAAAAGUCAACUCGUAAGAAAAUAGCUAAGCCUGAUAUAUUAAGAUCUAUAUAUGUAUGUAUAUUUGUCUCUUGUUGUUGAGUGGCUCACCUGAUAUUAUAUAUAAUUCUUCUGUCACUUUCCUGGCUUUUCUUAUGAAAGAGAUUCAUUCUUCUUGCUUUGCAAAUACAAAGACCGCACUUAUGUCAUUAAAUAAACACUACAGUGUCAUGAACACAAACAUGUAUUUCUGACCCUAUAGUGUUAUAAAAAAUGCCAUCUGGCCCCGUCUUACCCCCAUAAAUAUAAUAUCUUACCUUUAUUCCAGUCUGCUGCUGCUAGCUCUGUGCCAAUCACAAUGCUUUCAUAAUGGAAAGCGAUGUAUUGGCUGAACUUGUCAAGGAGUCAGAUCAGGGGCAGUCUCUGCACAAGCCAAUCAGCAUCUCCUCAUAGAGAUACAUUGAAUCAAUGCUUCUGUAUGAGUAAAGUUCAAUGUCUGCCUGCAGAGGGUGGAGACACUGAAUGUCAGUCACACCGUGCAGCACUGCCCCAGGAAGCAUCUCUAACAGCCACGUGAGGAGUGGCCAGUGGAGGUAUCAAAGGAAUGAUUAUACUCACCAGAACAAAUAUAUUAAGCUGUAGUUGUUCUGGUGAUAUAGUAUCCCUUUAAUGUUAAAUAGGUCAACAGCUGAUUAUAUAUUCUGGACAUUCAGAGUGUGAAGACACUCUGCCCGUGAUGUUGUGGUGUGUGUGUGUGUGUGUGUGUUUUACAGGCAUGAAUCCAAAAGACGUCUUGUCAACUCCUCUUAUUUGAACAAGUACAUGAUCAGUAGUUUGCCACUUGAGUUGUGACACUGAAUGCACAAUAUGCAAAGUGAGCCGGUGUGGGCUUCUCAAAUUUAAAUGUGGGUUUCUGAACGUCGUUUAGUUAGGAUUUCUAGUUUUGUUGUUUCGCCAACAUCUGUGUCCACAUUAGCAUUUAGACAUUAAGAGUAUUUUUCUAAUUAUGUAAAUGAACCCAGUUUAGUAUGGAGGAUGUUAAUACAGUUUUGUGUGUGUGUUUUUUUUUUUUUUUUCAUUUAUCUUAUUAGAUGGCUAUAUUAAAGAACACAUUCCACAAAUAUAUAGCACUUCAGCUUGUGGAGGUGCUUUCUUGUGAAAACUGUCUUUUAAAGACUUCUCAUUGAGCUGCAUUGGAAAGUCUGUGAUUGGACAGCCGCAGAAAGCCUGGGCGGGGUAGAAGGGGAGGGCUUACAAAGGCUGCAACCAAGAGAUCUGUAAUUUUUACAAACUGGUUUUGAAUAUGCCCCCGAUGCAUAGAGGUAGUUAAUGUUUGUGUGCCAUUUACUAAGUUCCACCUAUGGGUGGCUCUAACAAAUGUGCAAUUCAGUAUGUGUCUAAACUGUGUGUCUUUUGGUACUUAGAGUUGCCAAAUACCCUGUUUUCAGGUCAGUGUUGCAGAGCCCACUAUGGUGGAAUAAAUUUCCUUUUGAUAUGUAUUGUCAUAGUCCAGGGUCUGUUGGCGCUCCAUUUUUCCUAGCUUGUGUUGAUUGUACUUGCUUUGCAUUUGGUCCCAACUAUGUAAAAAAAAAAAAAAACACUUUUUCCUGCACAUUUCAAAUCAUUUCCCUUUUUUUUUUCCCUGCAUAGAAAAUGAGCUUUCUCUUGCUUCUCCUAUAAACUAGUGGCGAUCACCUGAAUUAGAUCACACAAUUGCUAUAUUCAUAACUUUUGCCUUCAAUAAGCACAGAUGAUACCAUGGUCUUUCUACUAAUAAUUUUAACUGUUAAAACCUGCAGGUGGUUAAAGCGUACGACCAUCAUGACCAAGAAUGGGUCGCUAUCAAAAUCAUAAAGAAUAAGAAAGCCUUUCUGAACCAGGCUCAAAUUGAGUUGAGACUUCUUGAGCUAAUGAACAAACAUGACACAGAGAUGAAGUAUUACAUAGGUAUGUAUUGUACAGCUGCCAGUGUGAGCCAGUUAUGGCACAAGGUCAUUCUUCCAUAUGGCUGGUAUUUGUAUCUGCCAAAAACAAGAAUAAUAGGUUGCGCUACAAGAAUAUCAAAUAAAAAGGGAUAAAUAUGGAAAACACUUAUAACGUAAAAGAAAGAUAAUAUGUAUAAAAAGAAGGGAAUUUAAUAAAUUUAUAUAACUAAUAUGUAUGAAAGAAGAUAGUCCAAAUUCUUGAUAUACUUUAAAAAGUUCAAAUAAAUGGAUGAUAGUGACAGUACUUGGUAUAUUUCUCUUUCAGGUUCUGGUAAGUAUUUGGAAGUAGAAAGUCCAAUAAGAGGCUGAAUCUUCUAAUCUUUAGAGGAGUCUUGAUUCAGAGAUGAACAUGGAAAAUAUAAACAACAAAGACGAUCCAAUAGUGUAGACUGUCUGUGAUAAUUAAUAAUGAUAAUAGGUAGGUAGGUAGUACACUCACCUAUCUUAGAGCAUGAACUUGCUCUAGUAUUUUGGGCGUUCAGUGGCGUUUAUCCCCCACUGGUAGGAUAUAGGUGAAGGUAAUUCCUCGGUAAAAAAGGAGAUAAAAGCAGAAUAUAGUGCUCACUGAAUCAAAAUAAAGUAAAAUAAAAUAAAAGAAUAAAAAUACUCACAUUCGAAUGAGCAGGAUAAACUGCUCAAUAUAUUCGCAUAGGUGGUACAAUCCCCACCUAGGAUUCUUGGUCGUGGGUAGAUUCCAAGUUGGUGAAUGACCAGGUGACAGGAAAUAUUUUUAAAACAAAAAAAUUAUUUUAAAAAUCAGAAAAGAAGGUAUAUGGCAAAGUUGUUGUAAAAAAGCCACUAUUCCUUUAUUGAUACAAUAAAAAAUAUAAAAUAUAUGUAAAAUAGCCAAAACGCGUUUCGCCACACAGGGCUUUAUCAACUGGCAAUAAUAAAAAAUCAGCCUGGUACAUAGAUACUUUUAUAAACUAUGAUAAAACAUGCUUAUUCGAAUUUUGGCGCCAAAAUGACGUCAUCCAUACAGUGUGUAAAAAGCAAAAUGAUUCAUUACAUGAAAAUACUUAAAAAUACAAAAUGCAUAGUAUUUAUAAUUUAAAAUAUAAGGUAAUACAUAAUAAUUAAUAGUAAAACGAGUGUUAUUUGUUGAAAUAAUAGAUUAAAUCGAGAAUCAUGUGAUCGCAAUCUAAUGCGAUCACAUGGUGAACACUGGGGCAGUGUGGGAAAUGUAGUAACAAGGGAGAGAGCAAGAAUAGAUGGUCACGUGAUCGCGGACCUUCGCGAUCACGUGACUGAUUGCACACAUCGAUAUGGAAUGUAGCCACUCAGACGGAGGUCGGCAGCCUGCGGCACGCCUCCGUCUGACAUCAAUGGUGGGGGCGGUGUAUACCGCAAAAGCUCAUGGGAUAUGUAGUGUUCAGACGGAGGCCGGCAACAAGAGGCACGCCUCCGUCUGACAUCUACAAAAAAGGGGCGGCGCCUAAUGCCGAUCGAAAUACACCUUGUGAAAAUAAAAUAAAAUUAAGUGGCAUAACAGCCAUGAUAAAAGCAAAUAUGAAUAAGACAAAUAUGAGUAUAUUAGGCAAAUAUGAGGUUAAAAAACAGAUUUUGGGUAUGUAGAGAAAUAAAAAAAAAAGAAUAAUAGGACUAAAGGAAAAGGUGUGUAUGUCUUUUCUUAUGUAUAUAGGGCAAAACUGUAACAAUGUAGGUAAAUGUUUGUAAUUAAGUGAAAUUUCAUUAAGAAGCAAUGCAUAUAUAUAUAUAUAUAUAUAUAUAUAUAUAUAUAUAUAUAUAUAUAUAUAUAUAUACACACAUACACAUCUUGGUAUUAAAACUGAUUUUUCUGUAUUCAGCAUUCUUUAAAUGUGUCAUUUUCUGAAUCAGUUUUAGAAUAGCCCCUAUACAUUUGGGCACAAAAAUAAAUAAAAUAAAAAAAAAGGAAAUUAAAAAUUAUUUUAUAAAAAAUUAAAAAGGUCAAAUUCAGCGUUCAAGCCUUCAGGAAAAAGAGUCUUAAGUGUAAAAACCCAGUACAUUUCUCUUUUUCCUAAGGUUUUUACCAUAUCUCCACCUCUCCAUGGGAGAGUAACUUGUUCUAUACCAGUUACUUUUAGGAGUGUCGGGUCUUUAUUAUGUAUUAAAAAAUGCUUGGAAACUGAGUGAUUCUCAUAACCUCUCCUAAUGUUACGGCAAUGUUCUGCUAAUCUCACUUUAAGGCAUCUUUUAGUCAUGCCCACAUAUUGCAGCCUGCAUGGGCAUUCCAAUAAGUAUAUCACAUUUUUGGUAUUACAACCUAUAUAUUCUUUAAUUGUGUAAGAGGUUUUAGUAAUGUUGGAGGCAAAAUGAAUAGUUUUAGAAUUUGUAAUUCCUUUAGUCGUUCUACACACAAUACAUGUGUUACACUUAAAACAACCUUUUGGUCUAGAUAUACAUUUGUAUCUGCACCUACCUGAAGACAGUCUUACCAUUUGUGCAUUUUGUGAUAUUAUCUUCAAAACAUGUCUCUCAAAGUUGUAUGCGCAGAAAUUAUUCACUGUUUUUUUAAGGAGUUCCAAAGACGAAUCUUCAGGUUUAUGUGGGUUUCAGGAAAUCCUGGUUAUAAGCUGAAAGGGGAUUAGCAUAUCCUGCUUUCUAUAGAAAAAAAAUGAUCACCCAUUAGUUUGGCUCCUUGUUCCUAUUUUUGACUGGAAGGUGACGUUUGUGCCUUUUACAUGUUUUGUUGUGUCACUAAUUCUGAAUAGAACUCAUUCUGUGUGUUUGCUAUGAGUAACGUGAAACCACUGAUGCUUGCUUUCUGAGAAGGUUCCUCAAAUUGUGACUUUCUCUUUCAGUCUUCUCAGCAAUGGUUUUAUCUUUUAUCUAACGCCAGUGGAAUUCUUUGGGUUGGAAGGGAUAUUUUAUACAGAAUUAGCUGUUUUGCUAAAUUGUUUACCAUCACAUUUAGAGGUUUCUACAACAAAUGUAAAUUUUAAUCAUUCUAUUUCAGUGCAUUUAAAACGGCACUUCAUGUUUCGGAACCAUCUGUGUCUGGUGUUUGAACUGUUGUCGUACAACUUAUAUGACCUUUUACGAAACACAAACUUUCGUGGCGUUUCCCUGAACUUAACUCGCAAGUUCGCCCAGCAGCUUUGUACAGCACUGCUUUUCUUAGCUACUCCUGAGCUUAGUAUAAUUCAUUGUGACCUGAAACCUGAGAACAUCCUACUUUGUAAUCCCAAGAGAAGUGCCAUCAAAAUCGUGGACUUUGGCAGUUCCUGCCAGCUUGGACAAAGGGUAUGUUUUAUCACAGCCAUUUCCUAAUCUUUUAGAUUAACUUGAUACAAGGAUGGUAAACAAAUUCAGGAUACUUGCACAGUAGAUUUAAUUUUGUAGUUGUUUUCUUAUUAUAUUGUAGCUUGUGAAUUGACAGCAUCCCAUUCACACCUUUGCAAUUCCUAGUUUCAAAUGUGAUCUGGUGUCCUUUUGAUUAAACUCCCUUAUAAGUGUUACAUGCCGUUAAGUAUAUUUAGCAUUUUGUUAUUAAGAAGUGCGUUUAUGAAUUUUAAAAAUGAAAUGUGGCAACAUGUGUGGGGGUGGGUGUGAGGUGCUCUUGCUCCUCCAAUUCAAUUACCUAAAAAAUAUAUAUGUUAUCUCAAAGAUCUACCAGUAUAUUCAGAGCCGCUUCUAUCGUUCUCCCGAAGUUCUGCUGGGAAUGCCCUACGAUUUGGCCAUAGACAUGUGGUCUUUAGGGUGUAUAUUGGUGGAAAUGCACACAGGAGAGCCUUUAUUCAGCGGAUCCAAUGAGGUAAGCAAACUCUAAAGUGUUUCUUGCAUUAGAAAUGUGUUUUUAAAGCAGGAGUGUCACCUUUUCUGGAAGUGCUUUGUUAUCCAGCUCCAGUAGACAUUGCAACAUUUUCUAGGGUAAAUAAAUUAGUAAACGUAUAUUUAAACCAAAAAAUAAAACCUACCUAUUAUGUGAAUUUGGAUUGACUUCACUGUUUUGUGCUGUCAUGGACACACUCAUACAUGCGCUGAAAUGCUGUACUAGUCCAUAUGCUCUUGUAUUUCUUCAGCAGUACCACAACUGUGUUGUGUUCGGUACUGCAUUUGUUAAUUCAAGGUAAAAAAUAGGACCACUUGAGCUGUAAAAAAAAAAAUUACAUAGCCAAUAGCUAUAUUUUUUAACUAUUCAGUUGUGAAAAAUCUAACAUGUGACCUCUUCAUUUCAAGUAUUUUAUUUAUUUUCAAGUAAGAAGUGUUUGAUUACUUUCUCAUGAACGGAUAGGCUCUUUGCUUGCAUGAAGAGAUAUUUUUUGCUUUCCGUGCCCUCAGAAACAGUCCUCUAACUUGCACUGUUGAGGCUUACUUAUUUUGUUUUAUAGGACUUUUAGGUAGCACAUUCGGUGCGUCUCUUUUGUUGUCAGAUUUUAGUUUGCAUUGUGAGCCUUUCACACAGCCAAGUGCCAUGGUACAAAGAAUGUAAAGCCAAAACUAAAUGUUCAGUUGUGCCACAAUAUAGAUUAAGUGAGAGUCUCUCCAGAAGUCUGAGGAUUUUUUACUUUUUAAUUAGGCAAAUAGUUUGAACAUUUUAUGUCCCAGAAUAGAUUUAUGUAUCCUAUUUAUGCUAUAGAAAAUAAAUUCUCCUGAAGACCAUAUACUGUUCUGUGAAUUAAGCUUUGCUUUAAUGGUGAUACAUUGUAACUUGAAUGGAAUCCUGAUUCAGCUAGUUCAUGUGACACGUGUUCUCAUAACAAGAUUACCGUUUCCUGUAUUCAGGUAGAUCAAAUGAACAAGAUAGUAGAAGUUCUUGGGACUCCUCCAACUCACAUGCUGGACCAGGCCCCAAAAGCACGGAAAUACUUUGACAAACUUCCUGAAGGAACAUGGACUGUAAAGAAAAAUAAAGAUAUCAAAAAGGUAACAUUCCUGCGGAGUAAAUAGAUGUGCCGAGACAAACCGUUUCACUCUGCAUAAUCUACAAAUUCUCAGUCAUGGACUUGGCAAAAACCUAUUUUUUUAUUUUUAUUUUUUUUAAUUUGUGAAUUACUUUUUAUUCAAGAUUUUGUGUUAUUACAGAAAGAAGAAAGACAGGUGUUUAGUCCGGAGAAAUGCACAGGUUUAAAAUUUUGGCAUUCAGAGCUCAUUGACUUGAGAUACGCAGAUCUCACAUUGUAUAUUGUUAUCAUAGCAAUUUACAUGUCAGGCAAAAACCUUUUUAUUUAAAUGCGUGCGGGUGUGUUUGUGUUGAUGCUUGGAGAAGGGUACCUGUCAUGCCCCAAAUAACUUAUGCUCAUUAGAUUGAGCAUAAGAUUUUACAUCUACUAGCAAAAGUAUAGAUUAGGAGAAAAACCUAUUUAUUUAAAAAAAAAAAAUGUGUGCUGCAGGUAGAAUAACAAGGAAAAUCCCUAUUUACCAACAUGGAGUUCCCCUUUAUAGUGUAUUAUUAACAACUUUUGUAUCAAUUUCAGGCUGUUUUUUGUGACUUGGGCAAUCAUGCCUGCCUGGCCAAUAUGCUCAGUGGUGUCCUACCAUGCUUUACACAGUAGUACUGCUUUAAACUGCAUCUUUUAUACAAAAAUGACAUUGUAUUGUAAAGUAUGACCUUUUAUCUAUAUAUUGUGGAAUACACUCAUUCUAUAUAUCAGCUUUUAGUUUAUAGCUUGUUUGUCAGAUCUCAAUGUCUUACAUAAGCCAUGCAGGUUGGUUUAUAUGAGGGCUAGAAGCUUUGGCACUCCCAAUGUUGUGGUCUAUAUUUCCCCUAAUGCUUUGCCGGCAUUAUAGCUGUAAGAACAUUAUGGGAGAUGUAGUUCAUAACAUCUGCAGUGUGGAAGGUUGCCUAUUGCUUUACAUUCUGAAUGUUCGGUUUGACUUGGGUCUUUCUUCAAACUAUAUUAUGAAGUAACUGUCAUUUUGCUUUAGGACUACAAGGUACCAGGAACUCGUAGACUUCAUGAAGUUCUGGGUGUGGAAACAGGAGGCCCAGGUGGUCGAAGGGCAGGAGAGCAGGGACAUUCGCCUUCAGAUUAUUUGAAAUUCAAAGAUUUAAUACUGCGGAUGUUGGAUUACGACCCUAAAAGUAGAAUCACCCCUUUCUAUGCUCUCCAACACAACUUCUUUAAGAAAACAACAGAUGAAGGGACUAACACAAGUAAUAGUAACUCUACGAGCCCUGCAAUGGACCAUAGUCAUUCAACGAGUACAACUAGUUCUGUGUCAAGCUCAGGUGAGUGAGAAACUGCUUCCUGUUCUCAUAACAAAUAUCUUUGUGGGACAAACAACUGUCCCAGUUCAAGAAUAAAUGUUAAUAGGAAUGCUCCAAUUUUCCAAAUAAGUAUACAUGACAAUAAAAAAAUUGUUAAACAAACUUCAAAGUAAAACAUUGAUCUGCCACAAAGUAAAUGCUAUUUUAGAUUUUUGUUUGAUACCAGGAUUUUUAUUCCACUUUAUAACAGUUUUUUGGUUUCUCUAGGAGGAUCCAGUGGCUCAUCGAACGAUAACCGUAAUUACCGGUACAGCAACAGAUACUAUAACAGUGCUGUUGCACACACAGACUAUGAAAUGCAGAGUCCGCAGGUAUGUAAGCUUUUUACCCCUGGUCAGACCUACCAAGUGAGAAAAACUAACACACGUAAAGGACUAAUUUGAAAUGCGCUACCAUUGAGUGAUUGAUGGACAUGUGAAAUAAAGCAAGUACAAGCGGUUUACAGCACAUUUAUUGCUUGUAAGUAUUUUACGGACCUAUGUUUAUGGGGGAAUAAAAAAAGAAGAAAGCUGUUAGUCAUGAAGCGUCUCCACUGGAGGCUCUCUGAGCAUGAGAACUGUAGUACACAAGCUAUGCAGCUAUUGUGCCUGAGGAAGGCAAUCUCUGACUUCUGUGUAAAAUGUAUGUUAAUGUACCAGGAUUGCUUGAAUUGAAAAGUAACAUUCCAACCAUUACAGCACCAUACUUUAAAGGGACACUAUAUUCACCAGAACAACGCCAGCUUAUUGUAUUUGUUCUGGUGAGUAUAGUUAGUCACUGCAGGCUUUUUGCAGUAAACACUGUUUUGUUUUGGGCUUUUUUUCCCAGAGAAAAUGCAGUGUUUAUUACUGCGUAGGAAUUCUUCCACUGGCCAUUCCUCAGAUGGCUACUAGAGGUGCUUCCUGGGCCAGUGCUGCACAGUGUGAUUGCACAGGCAGCUCAGUUGCAGGGUAUCACUUGUUCACUUCUAUCCUAUAUUUCUAUAGUUAAGAGGUGUGUAAAAUGAAAUGUAGAAAUCCACCCUUCUUUAUCCUGCCAUAUUGGCUCUCUGUCAGAGAGAAAUCAUACAGAGACAAAAUUAAAGGGAUGCCCAUAGCACCAAAACAACUUUAGCUUAAAGCAGAAUACUACAGGUUACAUGGUGAAUGCGUGUUCCUUUAAAACUACAACAAAAAAAUUACAUAUCCAGCACCAUGACCACUCUGUGCCUGGGCACCCACCAUUAUAAAUGUGACUUCUUACUACAUCAGACAGAGAGCUGGACUGUCAGGUGAUUGCAUCAGCAGGUGUAGCUCAGAGCUGGACUGUCAGGUGAUUGUACCAGCAGGUUUAGCUCAGAGACUGUCAGGUGAUUGUACCAGCAGGUUUAGCUCAGAGACUGUCAGGUGAUUGUACCAGCAGGUUAGGCUCGACUGUCAGGUGAUUGUACCAGCAGGUUUAGCUCAGAGCUUGACUGUCAGGUGAUUGCAUCAGCAGGCUUAGCUCAGAGCAGGACUGUCAGGUGAUUGUACCAGCAGGUUUAGCUCAGAGCUUGACUGUCAGGUGAUUGUACCAGCAGGUUUAGCUCAGAGCUUGACUGUCAGGUGAUUGUGCCAGCAGGUUUAGCUCAGAGCUGGACUGUCAGGUGAUUGCAUCAGUAGGUUUAGCUCAGAGCUGGACUGUCAUGUGAUUGUACCAGCAAGUUUAGCUCAGAUAGAGCUGAACUGUCAGGUGAUUGCAUCAGCAGGUUAGGCUCAGAUAGAGCUCGACUGUCAGGUGAUUGCAUCAGCAGGUUUAGCUCAGAGCUGGACUGUCAGGGGAUUGUACCAGCAGGUUUAGCUCAGGCAGGGAGCUGGACUGUCAGGUGAUUGUACCAGCAGGUUAGGCUCAGAUAGAGCUGGACUGUCAGGUGAUUGUUUGAUUUCUGCCUCUUUUUUUCUGUUGUUAUUUAAUUAACAAAAUUUACAAUUUUAGAAAACAAGAGUCUCUUCCUUUUUUAUGUACGUUGUGUGGGCUGGCUGUGUGUAAUAUACGGGUGUGUGCUUUUUUUUUUUUUUUUACUUCGUAUGAUUGAUUCACUAAGGAAAGGAAACUUUAUUUUAUUAAUAUCAGUAUGUUUCGGGGUUCAUGAUUUUACCUUCUGUAAGUUACUAAGACCUGUAUUUCCCUUUUUUUCAGGUUCCUUCACAACAGCAGAUAAGACUGUGGGCUGGUGGAGAUGUUCCAAUCACAAACAGUGAUUCCUACCCUCAGAUCUUACCUCACAAACCUACUCCCAGUCAGCCACAGCAUUUUCACGGAAAUGAACCGCAUCACCCACACCCGCUGUAUCAUCACGUCAAUCGGCCGCACUACCACCGGCAACUCAUCACUUCCUCCUCUCCACAAAUCCCAGAGUCCAUGGAGCUGAGCUUGGGACACAGACACCCCCAGUCUUCCUCUUCAUUGCACCCACAUCAUCCUAGCUUAGACUGCACUCCGUUUGGCUCCUCAAACUUACACUUAGGUGUUUCUGCUUUUCGGACUAGAACAGUCAGUGGGCAUAACGAUUCAGGGGGGCCCCUGAAUUAUCCCUACUCUAGCAACACAUCCAGCAUGGUUGGACCCCCUCAUAUCCGAAACAGGACGGAAACUGAAGAGAGUGCUAUGUUAGGCGUUUGUGUCCCUCAGAGUACGGCGGCAAGCUCUUGAUGAUUCUUUCAUGUAAAAUUAAAGCCAUACCAAUAAUAGAAAUACUGAAUUUGCAGGAGGGCUGACAAGCUGCAGGGUGGGGUUGUGGAAAAGGGAUGAGCUGGCUUUUAUCACAACCAUCAAAAAAUGUCAAGGUGUAGCUGUUAAUGUGAAUUGUUUAUUUAUUAAAAAAAAAUCACUACGAGAGGAGUGUGAAGUGUGUGUUGACCAUGAGAAGCAGUUUUAACAGACUUCAAUUGGACUAUUUUUUUUUUUUUUUUUUAAUUUUAUUUUUUAAAUUGCUUUUUGACACACUGGUAGAAGUUAACCUGUGCAAAGACUUCAAGACAUUUCCAAUGCUUCCAUUUCUAUCAUAAUUUCCUCUUCAAAAAAAAAAUAAAAAAUAAAAAGCAGGAUAAACCCAGACUUACUUUGCACGUCAGUGAACUCGUUUACAGGCCAAACAUCACUCUGCAAACACUGUCUGUGCCAUCUUAUCAUUCUUUGUCCCUACCCCACUUUAUACCAACCAUGCUAGGGUGCACAAAGAUGCACUUCACUGGAAUACCCUUGGCUGCUAACUCCACUCUCUCAACUGGAAUUGCUGCUAAAACUCUUUAACAGUUUGCUUUAUAAAAAAAACAGAAGGUUCCGUGGUUUUUGUUUUUUUUAGGUUUUUUUUUUGUUUUUAUUUAUGGCGUAAUACUCAGUCAGUUUUAGCUGUUUCAGGAAAGAUUUUUAGGAGCCAUUUUUCCCAUUUACAGUUUAAUGCUGCAGAAAUUCAGUGCAUCCCCCUCCAGGUUUGUGUUGGGUUUUUUUUUUUUUUUUUUUGGAGGGUGGAUGGAAGAUUUAACUUUUUACCCAAGUUUCACUUUUUAACAUGUCAGUUAAUCAUGUUUUUAUUUUCCCCACACUGAAUUAUGUUCUUUUUUUCUUUUGAUACACUACAAGAUAUAUUUGACUGCAUUUAGGUUUUCCCAUUUAUUUGAGAUGAUUGAUUUACUCCCGGCCUUUUAAGUUCAAUGUGAGCAGUAAUGGUGCACCUCCACGAUAAUUUAGACACUAAGCCCUUGCUUCAGUAUUAAAACCAGUCACAUACAGUUCUCGCUGCUGUAACAGGGUUUGUUUUUAUUUAUUUCCCAAGGCUUUCAAAAAGUUAUGGCAAAACAUGUCCUUUUUUCAUAUCUCUGUGGAUAGUAACUUACUUUUUUUUCCUUUUAUUUAAAUUUUUCAUUUUUUUUCUUUCAUUUUAUUUUAUUUAUUGUACCAAAGAUGGUAUUAAGGCAUCACAAAAAAUGAUCAGACAUGUAAAAUGAUUGUCUUUUUAAAUGUUUCCUUUUCUGUUCUUGCGUGUUUAAUUGGGCUUAAAAUUCUGAAUCAUGUGUAGUUGCUGUUGGACUCCAAGGCUUUUCACAUUCAUGUUUGUUUCAAGUAUUGUGGGUGUUUUUGGAGGAUCCUAAAAAUAAAGUAAUAGACAGCUCCACAAGACCUAGAGGUCAGUCUGAUUGUGUGCGGACACAUUACCCAUAUUGUAAAAUAUUUUCACAGCGCUCAAUUGCUUUGGUAAAUAAAAAGUAAAUAGACAUGUCUGUUAAAUAGGUUCUUCUAAUAAAGUUAUUUUUUUGCUGCCGUCUGGUGGGGCUUUUCUCAGUGCAAUAUACGGGAUGCCCCCUAUGGCAACAAAAAGUCAAUUCUGAUAACCCGUUCUAUGGGAUGUAUCUAUACAAGUGGAGAGAGAAAAAUCGCGCAUUGACAUUUUCAAAAUCUAUGUACGCCAAACCUCAUCCAGAAAUUCUGUGUAUCGUCUGGCAUUGCCUGUUAUUCAUACAUUUCAUAUGCUGUUUUUAUUUCUGCUUUUGUAAAUCAGAGUUUAUUAAUGUUUAUGCACAUUUAAUCUAGUAAAGAAAUUUUUCUUAAAGCCUCUAAUUUAAAAAUGUAUAGCAGUGUGGAGUUUUAUAGGCUUUAAGUUGUUUUAUUUUUAUUCCAAAAUUUCUUAGGGACAGGUACAGCAUUACAGGGUAAUUUUUGAUUGUAAGAGGAAGUAGACUAAAACUCAUCUAAAGACUUUGUUCUGUCACUGCUGUAAUUAUCUCUGAUACAAUUAACCUUUUUCUUUCAGAACUACAAUACAUUUUUUAUUUUUACAUUAUUUUUUUAAAUGAAAUUUCAAAGACAAGUAUGACAUGAUCAGUUUGUUUUCUUUUUGGGUUUUUGCUUUUCUUUUUGGUUUACAUUUUCACCUGUGUCUUUCUAGUCACUACUGUUAAAGUCCAGAACAGGUUUGUACUGCGCAAGUGAUCAAUAAAUGAAGGCGCUACUUUGGACUUGUGCAUUUUGCAGAAAACAUUAUUCAAGCUAUGUGUUUUUAAAGUGCAUUCUGUUAAAUUGUAUUACAUGUGCUAUCUAGUUCUUCUUCCAUUGACAUGGAAUAACUUGAGGUAGAGGUCAGUGCCCUGUUAAAAGGUGAGAACAUGUUUCACAUGUGAAAUUAGAUGACUUGCCAAAAAUAAUCCAGUUAGUGCACAUGGCUGAUAACAAGUUUAAUAUAUUGUGUAUUGUUCCUGGGUUAACAGGCUAAAAAGAUU